AUAACGGGUGCGCCCGCGCAAGUGGCAUUUCAUCAGCCACGUUACGAAGGGAAGCCAUCUGUGUUAAGCGUGUUCAGAGGUUUCUAGCUGAUUUUGGCGAAUUUUAUGACUGAAAAUGGCAGAUCAGACACCAGAAAAAGUUGAUUUAGACAAGACCGAGCCAGUUGCUGAAGUUUCGGACGUUGAUCUCGAUCUUCACGACGACUCUAAGGUGAAAUUUGUGAACGGCGGGAAGAAAGAUGAAGCCCAAGUUGAAAUCGGCGUGAGUGAUAGUGCUUCGGUCGACGCCUUUGUUGGGUUGAACAAAGAAGAAUUAAUGAAGUACACAGAUGAUCCGUUUUGGGUGAAGGUCCGCUAUGUUCUUUUCAUCUCAUUCUGGGUGAUAUGGCUGGCCAUGCUGGUAGCUGCCAUUGUCAUCAUCGCCAUCGCACCAAAAUGUCCGUACAGGCCUCCCCUUGAAUGGUAUCACAAAUCCACCGUCUACCAAGUGUAUCCCAAAUCUUUCUUGGAUGGAAAAGGAGACAAUGGAGUCGGUGACUUAAAAGGAAUUAGUGACAAGCUGGACUACUUCUUAUCUGCCCAGGUUGGAGCCAUCUACAUCAAUUCUAUCUACAAGUCGGGCAUGAAGGACGGAGGCUAUGAUGUGGUUGAUCACAAGGACAUUGACCCUGUUUUUGGAACCAUGGCAGAAUUUGAUGAUCUGCUGAAAAAAGCACACAAGAAAGAACUCAAAGUCAUCAUGGACUUCAUCCCAAACCAUACUGGCAAGAACUGCAGCUGGUUCCAGUCUAGUGUGAAGAAUGAGUCCAAGUAUGAUGACUACUACAUCUGGCACUCUGGGGGUGGGCAAAGUACACCUCCAAACAACUGGUUGAGCCGUUAUGGUCAUCGUGCCUGGACAUGGAGUCCAGAGCGUGGGCAGUGGUACUAUCACACUUUCUUGCCUGACCAGCCAGACCUUAACCUGAGAAACCCAGAGGUCCAGAAGGAAAUGGCGGACAUCUUGCGUUUCUGGCUGAACAAAGGUGUUGAUGGCAUGGUGGUGAAUGCAGCAGAACAUCUGGUGGAAGCAACGAGCUUCGAGGACGAACCUGCCAGCAACGAACCUGGCCUUGUUAAUGAAUCUUAUGAAACCCUGAAACAUCUAUACACUACUUUCCAAAAUGAGUCUUUUGAUCUGAUUACCAAGUGGCAGGCCAUUGUAGAUGAUGUUUCUACUUCCUCCGAAAAGCCCAGAGUUCUUUUGACGGAGGCUUAUGGUCCAAUUGAUGAGAUGGUGAAGUUCUAUAACUUCAACAACAGCAAGGGUGCAAAUCUGCCGCUGAACUUCAACUUGUUGUCGAUUGACAGGGACUGCAAGGCCAGAUGUCUGCAUAAUUUGAUCAGCAGUUGGAUGAUUGAGAAACCAAGUGAUGCCUGGUCUACUUGGGUGCUUGGCAAUCAUAACAGCCAUCGUGUGGCUGACAGGAAGGGAGAAAGAUACGUCAAUGUGUUGAACAUGCUUCUGAUGAUGCUACCAGGAACACCUUUUACCUACUAUGGUGAAGAAAUAGGCAUGAAAGAUGUGCAAGUCCCAUUUGCCAAGACAGUGGACGAGUUUGGUAAAAGUUUUGGCGAGGCAGACUAUGUGAACUUCACUCGUGACUUUGAGCGUUCCCCUAUGCAGUGGACAAGUGGUAACUUCUCUGGUUUCACUACAUUCAGUUCCACUUGGCUGCCUGUUGCAUCGAACUACAAGGAAAAUAAUGUGAAGGGCCAGGGGAGUACUGGAGCUGGUUUUACUCCACUGGAGGUGUACACAGAGGUGGCCAAGCUGCACUCUCAGCCCUCCGUUCUCUUUGGGAAGCUUCAUUUUGCUGUGGUCACAGAGAACAUCCUGUGCUUCCUCCGCAAAGCAGAAGGGUUCCCAGGCUUCCUGGCUUUCUUCAACUUCGGAGACAUGGCUGAAGGCGCCUUGACUCUAAGUGGGACAGCCGACGGUUUGGUUCCCAAGAAAGGCCUGGUGGUGGCCACGUCUGGGAACUUGGCCAACACUGACUACAAAAAUGGAACCACAGUGGACCUGAGCAAUGUUCACCUGGGACCUGCUCAAGGCAUCAUCUUCAUGUUGGAUAAUUGAUUGAUGUUGAAUAAAUUAAUGAAUUAACGCAUAAUUAUCUUUAACUAAGCCAUUUGCGUUGUUACUGCAGCGGCCAGUAAACAGAUUGAUUGCUUUUUUUCUCACCUUGUAUUUGGUUUUAAAUUAAUGAAUUAACGCAUUAAUAUCUUUUACUGAGUUAUUUGUGUUCUUAUUACAGCGGUCAGUAAAUUGUUUCCUUGUUUGUUACCUUGAAUUUGCAAUGAGAUAAAUAAAACUUCCUAAUUUGAGCUCUUAAAAAUCAA